AUGAAAUACAAUAUAGGCCAAAGGGUCAAGGUUCGUGAUGAAGUAGGUAUAGUGCGGUAUAUUGGGGAAACGAAAUUUGCUCCUGGCGUUUGGUAUGGUGUAGAAUUGGAUCGAGCAUGUGGUAAGAAUAACGGAACAGUGGGAAAUGUUUGUUAUUUCGAGUGUACGAAUAAGGCUGGUCUUUAUGGUGUUUUUGUAAAAGAAGCUCUAUUAGAGGAAAUAGGUGUAGAUUCAUUUAAAAGUAAUUUAAGCGAAAAAAAAAAGCUCAAGGAAAGACUGAACCAUGCCAAUGAAAAGGAGAAGGAGAAGGAGAAGGAAAACAUUGUAGUUGGAGAUUUUCUAGACUCGAAAGUCAAGCUCCAAGAGUUUAAAGAGUUGGCAGAAAGAGCAGAAAUGCACCAAAGAGACAAUGAAUUCCUUCAACAGCUCAAAACUCAGCUUGAAAUCAAAUUGAGCGAAUUGACAAACAGUUAUUUGGAAUUGAAAGAAAAACAUGCUGCUGCGCUUGAGGAGCUUGAAAUAAACCAUGAGUUGGAAAAGGAACUAAGUCAAGUCUCAGUGAGAGAAUAUUCUGCUCAAGAUUUGAAGAGGUUAGUGGAAAACAAUAGAUACAACGAAUCUCAAUUGAGACAUUUGGAAGAAGUAGUUCAAGAAAAGGACAAGCAUUUGGCCUUAAUCAAAGAGCAAUUGGAAAAUAGUAGACUUGGUAUAAUGAAUUUGCAAAACAACUUGUCUCAAAGAGAAAAAGAUAUUGCCAUGCUCAAGAAUCGGAUGGAAGCUGUUUCCGACCUUGAGGCCAUGGCAGAAAGACUAUCGCUAGAGAAUGUCUCAUUAAAGAGAACGGAGAAGGAGUUGAGAACUGCAAUAAUGGAGUUGAAUGAGAUACAUGAUAUAGACAAGAAACUAGAAGAAAAUCAUAUCAAUGUAGAGGAACAACUAAGGCUUGAAUUGGCCCAUUGCAAGAAAUCUUUGGACUUGGAAAGAGAUUCAAAUCACAAAUUGAAAAGGAAACUCGAAAUUACUGUACUGAAAACCAAAGUAAACGAUGAAACACCACUACAGUCAGUUUCAAUGCUAAAUUCACAGAUUCAGGCAUUGCAAGAUCAAGUCGCUGCUUGUAAUGUGCUGAUAAAGCAGCGUCAGAUUCGCAUACAGAUUCUUGAGCUAAAGUAUCAUUUAAUCUGUGAAAGAGUAGACAACUCCAAGUUAUAUAAAAUGGAUAAGCGAUUUGUUGAUUUGAUCUUUGACUUGCGGAGUUUAGAGCUUGAAUUGACUGUUUUGAUAAAAGAAACAGGAAAAGAUUUGGUAUCAGAGAAGUUGUUUUGUGUUGAGUAUUCAUUGAGUGCAUAUUUGGCGCUUUUAGGUGUCAUUAUCAAAGUGCUUGAAUAUAAUUACAAUUCUGAGCUUUCUUCAGUCUUGCUAUUACCAUCGGUUGUUGAGUAUGCUGAUGAUGUGAAAGCAGAGAUAAAUCAAGUACUACGGUACUUGAUUGAAAGUAAAGAAAGAGAAGAAGAAAAAGAGGAAAAAGACGUAGACUUUGAUUUUAAACUGUGUCUCCAGAAACUUUUGGAUUUUUACAAUUUCUUAUAUCUGCAAAAUGAGUCGUUAAAGAUGUCGAUCCCGUUACAGCUCUGCUUGAUCAACACCAUAAUGCUGAAUACAAUAAGUUAUGGGGAAAAAGUUUUUUCAGUUUUUGCAGAGAAAAAGUUCACUGUGGAAAUGACACAUUUGGUCGAUUUGAGUCAUAUUAUGGCCGAGUUCAGGUCAAUUUUUGAAUCCAUUUGUGAUAAAGAACUCGAAACUGAUAUCUCAAUAGACGCUCCACUAAACACUGGUCUUGUGCUAACAUCACUAAUCAAUUGGGCAACAGCUAUGAACAAUAUCUACUAUGCACAGGAAGAUUUUGAUAAUGAUAAUACUUGUAGUGAAUUAGAGGUGGCAUGGGUAGAUUUGUGCAAGUGGAAAGCAGACGUACCGACAACAUACCAUGUGGAAAAAGUAGUUCCAAUUAGCAUAUACGACAUUGAGAUAGAUAGUUUACCAAACAACUCGAUAAACCCAACAGAACCCAACAACAACAACAACAACAACAACAACAACAGUGAAUUUGACACUUGCAAUGAAAUAAUUUCACAAAAAAAAGAAAGUGAAAUUCAAGACCUAAAGUUGAAUAUAGCCCUACUUGAACAAAACUUGAAGGUGGUAACCAAAAAAACCAGCGAGGAAUCAGAAACUUUUCAAAAAACAUUGACACUUAUUAAUGAGGACCUCAAAGAAAAGAGUGGAAAAAUAUCACAAUUGGAAAAAGAAAAACUAGCUCUUGAAAGAGAUUUGGCAGCUGUGGAGAAUGAUACACUUUUGCAUUCAGCUGACAUGGAUGAUUUGGAAUUUCAGAUCAAGUGCAACGAAAGAAAACAACGAUUGGAAACACUCAUUGAUCUCAAACGAGAAGCAAAGUACAACUAUGAAGAGAAAAUAAGCUGGAGUUGGAAUGAACUGAAGAGUUCAUUUUGGAAGCCCGUUUCGCGUUUCCAAAACUUGGCAAAACAGCUAAGAAACCUUGCAGAAGGUAUACAAAUGGUACAAAUUGAACUGACCAACAAUCCAAAGUGGAAACUUAAGUCCGAAUCUCCUUCAAUUUUGAAUGCUUAUUUAGAAGAACAGUUUUUCAGUUACCAGUCUGCAAAAAAAGACCUUUUCUCCAAAGAUCUGCUGAUAAAGGGGGGUUCUAUCCGUUGA